GGUUUUAUAACAAAGUAAAAACCGGGUUCUCCUACUUUCACGUGUUCGAAAACAAAACUCGGUGAACUCAGCAACUCACUACCGUAUUCUCUCCUCUUCUUUAUUAACCAAAAAUAUCCCCAUUUGAUUCACGCUACCUGCCUCCAUUCAUUCUUCUUCAAUCACAUCUUUCGAUUUCAUCUUCAAACAGUUUUUUUUCCUGUUAAUCACUCAAUAUGCAUUCGAAUCACCUGCUUCUCGAAGAGCCUAUCCGAAUGGCAUCGAUCCUCGAGCCUUCGAAGCCUAAUUUCUUCCCUGCGAUGACGAAAAUCGUUGGAACUUUAGGUCCUAAGUCACGUUCUGUAGAGAUUAUCUCUGGUUGCCUCAACGCUGGCAUGUCUGUUGCUAGAUUCGAUUUCUCAUGGGGAGAUUCUGCGGUUCACCAAGAGACUUUGGAUAAUCUGAGGACCGCGAUCAAGAGCACUAAGAAACUAUGUGCUGUAAUGCUCGAUACAGUUGGCGCUGAGAUGCAGGUUGUGAAUAAGAGCGAGAAGGCCAUUUCUCUUCAACAGGAUGGUAAUGUUAUUCUGACCCCUGAUAAAGGUCAGGAAGCUUCUUCUGAAGUACUACCAAUUAACUUUGAUGGACUUGCUAAGGCUAUGAAGAAGGGUGACACCAUUUUUGUCGGUCAAUACCUGUUCACAGGAAGUGAAACCACCUCUGUUUGGCUGGAGGUUGAUAAAGUGGAUGGUGUAGAUGUUCAUUGCACGAUAAAGAAUUCUGCAACUCUAGCUGGGGCCUUGUUUACUCUCCAUGCCUCCCAAAUUCAUAUUGAUCUACCUACUCUCACCGAAAAAGAUAAAGUGAACAUUAGCACGUGGGGCGUGGCAAACAAAAUCGACUUCCUUUCAUUGUCAUACACUCGACAUGCACAGGAUGUCCGUGAAGCACGCGAAUUUCUUUCCAAACUUGGUGAUCUUAGUCAAACCCAAAUAUUUGCAAAAAUUGAAAAUGUUGAGGGUCUAACUCACUUUGAUGAGAUCCUUCAAGAGGCAGACGGUAUUAUUCUUUCACGGGGAAAUCUUGGCAUUGAUCUUCCACCAGAAAAGGUGUUUUUAUUUCAAAAAGCUGCUCUUUACAAGUGUAACAUGGCUGGAAAACCCGCAGUGCUUACUCGUGUUGUGGAUAGCAUGACUGACAAUUUACGACCAACUCGUGCAGAAGCAACUGAUGUUGCUAAUGCUGUAUUAGACGGAAGUGAUGCAAUUCUUCUUGGUGCCGAGACUCUGCGUGGAUUAUACCCUGUUGAAACGAUAUCUAUUGUCGGUAAAAUUUGUGCCGAGGCGGAAAAGGUUUUCAACCAAGAUCUUUAUUUCAAGAAAACUGUCAAAUAUGUCGGAGAACCAAUGACUCACUUGGAAUCAAUUGCUUCAUCUGCGGUUCGUGCAGCCAUUAAAGUGAAGGCGUCUGUUAUUAUUUGCUUCACUUCAUCUGGAAGGGCUGCAAGGUUAAUCGCGAAGUAUCGACCAACAAUGCCGGUUCUGUCAGUUGUUAUUCCAAGGUUAAAGACUAAUCAGUUACGUUGGAGUUUCAGUGGUGCAUUUGAGGCAAGGCAAUCACUUAUUGUCAGAGGUCUUUUCCCCAUGCUUGCUGAUCCUCGACAUCCCGCUGAAUCUACAAGCGCAACAAAUGAAUCCGUUCUAAAGGUUGCACUAGACCAUGGAAAAGCCUCUGGAGUGAUCAAAUCACAUGAUCGAGUCGUCGUCUGUCAAAAGGUUGGAGAUGCUUCGGUUGUUAAAAUCAUCGAGCUUGAAGAUUAGAAACCGUCGGAAAGCACCGUUUCACGACAUAUGUUUAAAUUUGUGUUAUAUUAUGCAUUCCACGGUUUGGUUUGGGGCAAAAUUUUGUAAUAGGAAGUUUUAAAUGGUGAUAAGUUUCUAAUGCCUCUUCUGAUCUUAAUAUAGAUUGAUCAUGAAUGGAAUAAAAAGGGGUUUCUUGUUUUGUUGUAAUUUAUAAAUUAUUAUGCUCAAGUGGUGUUCUCUUUGUUUGGUGUAA